CACGCCGUACGUCAUUCCACAACAUUAGCAGAAUUAGCAUCACAGUAAGCAGCCAUAGUUAUAAGGAUUGUUUCUCUCCACCUGUCAACAUGGUCAACGUGCACAAAGGUGUCCUUGUUGAAUGCGAUCCUGCCAUGAAACAGUUCCUCCUCUACCUGGAUGAAAAGAUGGCCCUGGGAAAGAAGUUCAUCCUCAAGGACCUUGAUGACACACAUGUAUUCAUCCUGCAGGAGGUUGUUCCAAUCCUGAUGGAUAGAGUUGGCGAGUUAAUGGACCAGAAUUCAUUCCCCAUCACACAGAAGUGAUGCACAAAACUCUUUUCUUCUUAGACUUUUGACAGUUUCAGACUUUAUACAUUUACCUGAAUAUUUCCUCCGUUGCUUGAACUCCAGACAGAUGUGGAUAGAUUCUUUGGUGCAUUAAGAUGAAAACAUUUUGUGGGUUUUUUUUGUGCCAUUGUUUAAUUUCUGUUUAGUGUGUUUUUUCUUUCUUUUAAAUAUGUCAAUUAAAAAAUAUGUCAACACAUUUUGUUUCUU